UCGGCUAACUUUAUCAGCAGAGCGACAGCAGACGGCAAAAAAAGGCCGACGAUAUCGGGUUUGUAUUUCUUUCUCCUUCCCGGAAAGGGCUGGCAGGCAAACGUCACGGCCAGCGGCAGAGAAGGAGGAGGAGGAGGAGGCCUUCGUUUGUGUUGGAAACAAGGCAAAGAAGACAACGGAGUCUCCACAAUAUCUUGGAUUUGCCAAAAGUAAAAGUGGAUUAAAGCCAAGGAAAGGCAAAAGCAAAGGAAAUGACAAGCUCACCUGCCUCUAGAGUAGUUUAUAAUGGCAAGAGGAACCCAAGUCCCAGAUCACCUACUAAUACUGGAGAACUGUUUACUCCGGCACAUGAAGAAAACGUUAGAUUCAUAUAUGAAGCAUGGCAAUGUGUCAUGAGAGAUCUUGGAUCUUCCCAGGGUGGAGAACGUAGUGAAAGAGGGCCACAACAAUAUGUUGAAAAGACUCCAAAUCCUGUUCUUAAUACUUUUACGCCCGUUGACUUGAAUGAUAUAAAGAGGCGGAACACGCAGGAAUCUAAGAAGUCUUAGGGAGCGGAAACUCCAUGGGAUCCCGAGGUUCACUAUCUUCCUUUGGCUUUCCUGAGAAGCUUUUUUUCCUUUUUUUUUUUUUUUUCCUCUUAAUGACCUUCUUCAUCAGUUAGUCCAAGCCAGGAAUAUGAAUGAAUCUGACCCCUCAACCUCGCCUGCAACCCUGAAGCUGUCUUGUUGAAGAACUUUGAAUUCUGACAGUGAGUUGAGUUUUAACAACAGCCAGGAUAUUAUGUGGGUUUUAACCGAUUUUUCUUGGCUUCUUAUUUUCUGAAAGUCCUCUGUUAACCCAGCCCCCCGCCCCCCAAAAAAAAAGAUACUUUGAGAGUGCAGGCAUCCUCACGUCAGCCCCCUCUGCUUUAAGAUGCAGUGGUCCACUCUUCGCUGUUCUCGGAGAUUUUUGUUUUCUCUCUUAAAUACUUCCUAAUUCUGUAGUUUCUUUCAUUUUUGUGGCAGGUUGUGACGAUUUGUCCGUAAAGAAGUGCUCCUUGGAAAAGGAAAGACACACGUAGGAUGACCAAGCUGAAAAA